GUAUAGGCGAAUGCGGUCGAGCAUUAAAAAUUAGCUUAUCAGGAUUCGCGAUACCAGAAAAGCAGUAUGAAAAAUUAAUGGAAAAAGACCAGAUAUCACGACGCAGAAAAAGACAGCAAAUUGAAAGGACGAUAACAACAUCAGAACUAAUUGCACACGUACAAGCAGAAGCGUUAUUUCAAAAUCGCGAGUUAAAGAAAGGGUUCAGAGCAAUGACGAACAUGCUUUGUCAGAAUAUAGAGAAAAUAGAAAACACGGAACCAAGUGAAAAAGACGCAACCAUGCUGAUGAGAAAGAGAUUAAAAACAGAAUUUGUAAAAGCGCAUUGGGUUAAUAAAAACACGCUAGAAUACUGGCCUUGUAGUGCAGUCAACGCAACUAAAAUACAAGCACCAACCGGGAAAUGUUUUACCAAAAUUCCUGUAAAUAUUAGUUUAAACCUAGAGGAAGAAGAAUGGAUUACAGGAUUCUUGGAUCCAAAAACGCAUGUAAUCACUGAAGUUGCCGAGAUCGGAUCGUGCAACGAACACCGCUUCAUAUCAACCGAAUUCCAAGGAAAAUUGAUUCAAAUAGACCAACUAACAGGCAAAAUAAAAGAAUUAACAGAAAUAACCACACAAGACUUAAGCUUAGAGACAUGGGAAGGACAAAUGCCAGAAUUCGCGUUACAAAUCUUUAGACAAAGCACAAUUAACAAUUUAACACACAAUCACAUAGAUUUAAUCGAAUUAAUGGACGCGUUUAAAAGCGCGCGAAUGAAUGAUCCGAGACCGCAAGCAGAGAGACAUGAGUGGCGAAGCAAAAUAAAUCUCCCUGACUCACAGAUUAGCACCCUGAUCGGAGGGUUUGAUUGGUGGUUAGUGUUUAUAAAGAGUGUGACAGUAGGAAUAGCUAUUAAGUGGAUCCUUAAUAUAUAUUUAUGGAUCAACAGCCUUAUUUCUGUCGAGGCUCGCCUCGACAUAAAUUCAAAAUUAAUUUCUAAAAUUUUAAGGAACAAAGAAACACCUCGAUCGUGGGGUUGAACAAAAGAAGUGAAGGAAAAUUGGAAGAAGAGUUAGGUGAGGCAGCAAAAAAGUUUUUGACAGGGAGUCUGUCGAGGCUCGCCUCGACAUAAAUUCAAAAUUAAUUUCUA